ACGAGUUAUAGCGUUUCCCGGGCCACGCAUCCUGCCGCGCGUGCUGGCUGGUUGACUCUCCUGAGUUCGACGUGCAAUUGCCAGCAGGUUGCACCCUCAACAACACUGAUCAACAUCGACCGAGAUAACAAGAUAAGAAGACGUCAUGGAUCGCAUUCGGAGGGCCCUCACCCGUCGCCUGUCGACCGCGUCUGAGUAUGCGCCUCUCACUGGCAACGAGGAACCGACUGCCCUCGAGGGCUCCGCCAUUCUCCAGGGCCAGCAUGAGUUGCCCUUCUCGUGGAUGGAGUACGGUGUCUUUGCCCUGCUUGGCAUGGCGAUGCUCUGGGCAUGGAAUAUGUUCCUCGCUGCCGCUCCCUACUUCGCGACCCGCUUCGCCGGGGACGACUGGAUCCAGGGCAACUUCCAGUCGACAAUCCAGGCCGUUUCGACCGUGACCAACUUGGGUGCCAUGAUCAUCCUCACCAACAUCCAAGUCACGGCUUCGUACCCCUUCCGUAUCAACCUGGCCCUGAUCAUUAAUGUUGUCACAUUUUCCCUCUUGACCGCAUCCACCGUCAUGUUCCUGAGCGCUUCGCCCGCUGCAUACCUUACCUUCCUCCUCAUCAUCGUUGCCGGCACGGCUUGGGCCGCUGGUCUCAUCCAGAACGGUGCCUUUGCCUUCGCUGCUAGCUUCGGUCGCCCCGAGUACAUCCAGGCCCUCAUGGCUGGUCAGGGUGUCGCUGGCGUUCUGCCCCCGAUUGCACAGGUUAUGACAGUCCUUGUCUUCCCCCCUGUGGAGGAGAAGGGCUCGGAUGAGGGCCCAUCCCCAUCCGAUGGCUCAUCAUCUGCCUUCGUCUACUUUCUCACGGCCGUGGCCGUCUCCGUGGUCGCCCUCUUCGCUUUCAUCCCCUUGGUGCGGCGUCACAACCACAUAAUCGAGAACCGCAUGGUCGAGCAGAUGGCUGAGUCCAUGCAGAGCAUUGAGGACGCUGAGCGCGCUGCCCGCAAGGGCUCCUCUAUGUGGCACCUAUUCCUCAAGCUGCAUUGGCUUGCUGCAGGUGUCGCGACCACCUUCACUGCGACCAUGUUCUUCCCUGUCUUCACAACCAAGAUUCACUCUGUCCAAGAGGACAGCGGCCUGCUCUUCCAUCCCGCGGCCUUUAUCCCCCUGGGCUUCUUUUUCUGGAACCUUGGUGACUUCUGUGGUCGCAUGUCCACCAUUCUGCCCUUCUCCCUUCAGCACCGACCGUUUGCUCUCUUCGCUCUCUCCGUCGCCCGCGUUGGCAUCCUUCCCCUCUACCUCCUGUGCAACAUUGGCGGUCGCGGCGCUAUUGUUCCCAGCGAUUUCUUCUACCUUUUCGUUGUCCAAAUAGUCUUUGGCGUUACUAACGGCUGGCUUGGCUCGAGCUGCAUGAUGGCGUCAGGUGAGUGGGUCGAAGAAGGUGAGCGCGAGGCUGCUGGCGGCUUCAUGGGCCUGUGCCUGGUGGCCGGCCUGACGUGUGGCAGUCUCCUGAGCUUUACGAUAUCGGAUCUUUAGAUAGUAGAGUGAUUUCUCAUUACAUUGCAUUUUUCUUUUGGCGUUUUGUUUAUUUAUGAUCACUGUAUAUGAGAAGACAUUUAGCACAUUUCGAGCCUGGGUCAUUGCAUGGGAGUCAUAAAUGGAUGUCAUGAUUUAAACCCGUAUAAAAUGCUGUCCAGAAUAUGCAACCUCCGUGAUAUGUAACCUCCAUGAUAUGUAACCCCCGUAAUGUGUAACCGCCAUGAUAAUGUAACCGCCGUGAUAAUGUAACCGCCGU